AUGAAUAAGUUCGAGUCGCACCUAAGUUUGGGGGGCACACACCUCUGGAAUGUGUCAUUAUUUAGCUAUUUAUACCCUGGCAAUAACAGCUUCUGGGGAUCUGCUUCUUUUUCCAGCAGUGUUUUGUUAUCUGCCCAUGAACCGAGCACCAUCAUCUUAGUGGUAAUGUAUUCUAUUUCCUUUCUUACCGGUUUAGUGGGAAAUAUUUUGGCUUUGAGAGUCUUGGGAACCAAGAAGAGAAGAAGAUGUCGCCUUUCUGGGGUUUCAGGUACACGGAAUCUUCUGGUGAACUUGGCUGUGUGUGACAUGAUGGUCAUUUGCAUUUGUAUGCCAAUAAACCUUGGUCACCAAGUACACAACGCCUGGGUGUUUGGAGAAUUUCUGUGUAGGGCAGUCCCAUUUGUCCAAGCAGUCUCUGUUUCUGCCAGCGUUCUGACCUUGGCUUUUAUCAGCUUAAACAGAUACUACAGUGUCCAUAGCCCCCUGCACGCCAGGACCUUCUUUACUAACAGACGAAUCUUGCUAAUGAUCUGCUUUGUGUGGUUCUGUUCCUCUACACUUUGUGCUCCUCUGAUAUUCAUGAAUAGAACUCAAAACCUGAUGCUCCUGGACGGAAGACUGGCAGUAAUAGUCUGUACAGAAAGCUGGCCAAGCAUUCACAUGAAGCUUAAUUACAACUUUCUACUGUUUUGUGCACUCUAUGGGUUCCCAGUGUUAUUUAACCUCCUGAUCUGUUUUCUUACAAGCCGCAAGCUCUGGGGUGCGAACGACUUGGUCAGUAACAGCAUGAAAGGCUCCAGGCUGAAGGGCAGAAGAAAAAUUGCUAAAAUGGUAGUGGCUUUGGUGCUCCUGUUCACCAUUUCCUGGCUGCCUUUAUAUACAGUGGACAUCUGGAUAGAUAUUAACAUGCCCACCUUCUCAUCAACUGAGGUACUGGGAGAUCUGCACCAUGAAUGGAUUCUCCAGUUUAGACCCUUUGCUCAAUGGCUCGGUCUCACGAAUUCUGCAUUAAAUCCUCUGUGCUAUUGUUUUGUUGGAAACCUCUACAGAUCUGCUAAACGGUUUAGAAACAGCUAUAGAGAAAGGAUGGCUUCUGUCUUCAGUCUGUCUGUAACCCAAAGCCAAGUGGAACGCUCUGUCCCCACAUUACUGAACUACAGAUCUUCUAAAGAGUCUGCUUUGAAGAGAAAGACUUGUGUUUACUCAUAA